CUUGGUUUGCCCUAUAAAAUAAAAUAAUCAAUAUCCUUGAAGGUUUAGAGGCCAGUGAAGAAAAUACAUAGAGGCCACAGGUUUUGGGCGGCAGCGGCACGAGAAGGGUAAUAGCCGUAGUUGCAGCGCUUGAAGCGAUCUAAUCCAGCCAAGAUGGGGAAGACACGGGGUAUGGGAGCGGGUCGUAAGCUGAAGACCCACAGGAGGAGGCAGCUGUGGGCAGACAAAGCUUACAAAAAGAGCCAUCUGGGUAACGAGUGGAAGAAACCCUUUGCUGGUUCUUCUCACGCCAAGGGCAUUGUCCUUGAGAAAAUAGGUAUUGAGGCUAAGCAGCCUAACUCUGCUAUUCGAAAGUGUGCAAGAGUUCAGCUUAUCAAGAAUGGAAAGAAGAUUGCUGCGUUUGUUCCCAAUGAUGGUUGUUUGAACUACAUUGAAGAAAAUGAUGAGGUGUUGAUUGCUGGAUUUGGACGAAAGGGGCAUGCUGUGGGAGAUAUUCCUGGAGUUAGGUUCAAGGUUGUUAAGGUGUCUGGUGUAUCAUUGUUAGCUUUGUUUAAGGAGAAAAAGGAGAAGCCACGAUCUUGAGCUUAUUGUUUAAGUGAUUUUUCUUCAAGGGACGUGUUUUGCAUUUAGAAGCUUUGAGAAGUUUAAGCAUAUAUGAUUAUAGUUUUUUUAUGAAUUUAUAAACAAAUUUUGAUUAAAAUUGUAUUCUUGGAACUUUGAAUCUGGUACACAAGUAGUCCACAUUUCGGCAUGAUCUCAUGUUUUAUUUAAACAUAAAAGGUGAAUGGAAUGAAUGCAGUUGCUACAGGAAAUUUAUGUUGCA